AAUCCAUCGCCACCAUCAUUGUUCUAUUCCGUACGAUACGAUACGAUACGAUACGAUUCGUCACAACACGACACGAUACAACACCGCGCACGGACUCCCCACUCUUUCCUGGCACAACCCUUGCAAACAACCGACCGUCCCGAGCAUUUCGACAUACUGCAACAGCAGCAGCGGCAACAACAACAACAACAACAGCAACAACAACAACAACAACAACUUUCUCCGAAGCACACAACCAAUCCCAGCAUGCCAAGGACGGUCACGCCGGUGUCGGCAGCUCUCGUUUGUGCGAUCCUGUCGCUAUCGUCGACGUCCCGCUGCGGUCCCAACCACGGAGUCUUUCCGGCGGCGGAGGCCUUUGCGGGGCAGCGAGGGCUUGUUAGGCACCAAUUGGUUCCGUCGGGACAGCGGCACCCCCUUCGCCCGAUCCCCGGAACCCACCCGGUCCAUCGGGCGGGUUCGGUUCGCCUGCGUGCCGCCCCACAGCCCUACCCGGACCAGGAACAGCAGCAGGAGCAACAACAACAACAGCAGCAGCAGCAGCAGCAACAACAACAGGGGGAAGGCACACCCACCGGCGGGGGCGGAGAACCCAGCGAAGCCGAAAAGCUGCUGAGGGACGCGGAGCGGCUGCGGCUAGAAGCGGAGAAGAUGGACGCCAGCCUGACCCUGCAAAAGAUCGCCGCCCUCGAGGAAAAACUCUCCAACAACGCCUGGCUGGAAAAGCAGCGGGGCCAGACGGUCCGAGACCUGUACGAGGAACUCCGCCGGCUGGAAAYGAAGGUUUCCGAUUCGGCCGGGCCCGGUGCCCCCGGGGGCCUGUCGGUGGACGAAAAGAUGGAAAAACUCCGGGARGAAUCCCUGAAGCCGCCGSCGSCGGCGGAACCKUCGGCCGGGGAGCCCGGGCAUUCUUCGAGCGGGAGUACCAGCGGAGGCAARCCCAAGAACCGAAACCUCCCGCCCUUGGCCGGGUUCGACGACGUCGACCUGGAGCUGUACGUGCCGGUCGCGAGAGACGUCAACAAGAUGGCACAGGGCAAGCCKCUGAACGAACGCAUCGGGCUAUUCCGCGACGCCCCGGAGCUCCAGGAACACUUCAAGCAGAAAAUACAAAAGCUGAUCCUGGGACCGCUCGAGGAGAUACAAGAACUGGAAAGCCUCAAGCAAGAAUACUUCGAGUCAUCCUCGUCGAAGGAAAAGGACGCCUUGCUGAAACGAAUCAAGCAGCUGGAAGCCAGGGUGGAGGAAAACAACGUUGCGAUGGGGGCCGGAAGCGAUCCCGAYGGAGGAAUCGGUUACAGCGACAGGAUUCUCAUUCCCCCCGACCAAUUGCCGCCCCURACGGAAGCCGAUCUCGAAGAACGCUACGAAACCAUCAGGGCUCUCCCAGACAUCCUUGUUGCGGUGUACCUCCAGCGGAACGGGCUUUACGAGCUCCCGGUCGACGAAUCCCUCAUCAACAUCCAGGUCGGAGGGGGCGGGAUCAACGUGACCAAGACAAAAAGUGCUUCGGCCGACCUUCCGAACGAAGCCGGGGAAGACGCGAGCGCCGGAGCAGAGCCUUCCRGGACGGACGACGACGCGGAGUCAGAGUCAGAGGCCUCCUCGUUUGAUYUGUACAAGGACCUAAAACUAGCAAUCCAGAUGGACUAUUACGGGCUACAGCUCCAGCUUCUGGACCAAGCACGGAUCGUUCCACUGACCGACGAGAUGCGGAAGGAUUUUGUCGCGGCCUAUCUGUCGCUGCCGCCGCCGGUUCGAGAGCAGUACGUUGCGGACAAGCUGGGGAUCGACGGCCUCGAGGCGGGGGUCGUCGCUUCCGACCGGRACGAAGACGUCGAGUGCGUCCUGAAAGAGAUUUUGCAGCCGAUCGACGAGCCCUUUGUGGCCCUGUCGCAAGCCGGUGGAUUGUUUGGCGGCCGGGGGACCCAGGAACCGAUCGCCGAACCACCGGAAUACAACGACGUUGAAUUCGUCGACCGGUCGCGGUACCUAGAAGAAUUCUUCCCAUCGCUUGCGUUGCUGGAAGAAGGCCGCCCCUCUCCCGAAGACGUGGACCUUUUCAUGAAGGAUUGUUUGACCGACAGCGCCAAGAAAAUAUUCAUKGUUACGAGCAAACCAGAGCGCGUGAUCGGAGGGUACUAUAUCCGGGGCACCAACCAAAUGGGAAUAGACGAGAGUAGCUCCAAGACACCAAACGAGCGAAUGGUAGAAGAAGUCUCCAACCGGCUGCGGGAUCACCCUACCUUGAAAGACAAAAUCGAGUUCUUUUACAUUACCGAUCCGUCGCCUCCAGACGACGAAGAUAUGGAGCUAGAGGUAAAUCUAACUCCWCUUUUCAUGGUAACUGCGAAGGAUCCAAAGACAAUGUACAACUUGUCUGCACCACUCACCAAGGCAGCGGUAACGGUUUCGGGCUUGGUUUCCGCUUUCUUUUUUUCGAUUGGAUCUUGCGUCUUGAACCCAAAAAUCAAUGCCGGCAUCGAAAAGGCAUUGGACAGCGCAACAUCGUCGGCUCCGGGGACGGUGUACCUCGACAUUGAUUGGUUUUUCAAUCUGUGUUUGCCUCUUUAUUUCUCCUUCAUUGGCAUACUGGUUGCUCAUGAGUUGGCGCAUCGGAUAGUGGCAUCCAUMUACAAAGUAAGACUCGAUUCGAAUGCAGCGCAAAUCAGUAGAGGCUUACCCUCUCAGUUGCGUAGAACGAAAUCUAACCACUGGUCUUUGUUUUUGUUUGUCACGAUGUAAAAACAGUUUGAUAUAGGACUUCCAAACGUGGUACCGUCUCUUUCCACCGGUCUUGCAGGAACCAUAACUCCGUUGAAAUCACCGCCCCCGAGUAAGAAAGCACUCUUUGACUUCGCAAUUGCAGGCCCCAUUGCCGGGUUGACUGUGUCAAUAGGCUUGCUUUUUGUCGGUCUAGAAUUAACCCGUCAGAUGGGGCUUGAMACAAGUUUGCCUGUGUUGCCAGUUGAUUUGGUUCGAUCGAGCAGCCUUGGCGGAGGGAUGGUUGAGUUCUUUUUGGGCAAGUACACGCUGCUACCAGAUCAAGGUCCGGGUGCAUUCGUGGAGCUACACCCUUUUGCGAUCAGUGGUUUCAUCGGAUGCUUAACAAACUCCCUAGCGCUUUUACCUCUCGGUCGUAAGUURGAACAGAAUCCAUUACCUACGAUUCGGAUGUUUUGUUCUGUUUUUCCCUGGAAAUUACGUUAACCUUUCCUUUUUUUUGUUCAAAAUUUCCCACCUUUCCAUAUCAAAUCAAUWCUACUAGACACCGAUGGGGGUCGCAUAUCUUUGGCAAUGUUUGGACGAAGAGGUGCAUUUAUUGUCAAACUUUUUACAACCUUAAUAUUAACCGCGUCUGGUUUGUUCGGAUUGGACGAAAUGAACAUUUUGCUAGCCUACGUCGUCUUUACCUUGAUAUGGCAACGUGAACUCGAAACAGCAAUUCGCAACGAGGUUGAUGAACUCUCUUUUUCUCGGGGACUCGUAGGUAUCAUCAGCGCCAUCCUGGUAGGAUUAAUACUGAUUCCCAUGACAUCAUAACUAUGCCUGUCAUAAACGUUUUCAUCUACAAAGUUGCAGUUUCUUUAAUAUGUUUGACUCCAUUCUACGAAUAUAAAAWCAAUUGAUCCCGCACUAAUCCAGAGGUUCCCAACAUUAAUUUAAUGCUUCUUUGAAAUGACCUUAAUAACAUGAUACUACUACUGGAAGUAGAAAAUAAAACCUAGUAAUACAC